ACUGGGAAACUGAUAAUAAGUUACCUGAAUAACUAUUUCUGUAUGUUAUGUGUCAAGUGUUUAGCCUAGGCGAUGUAAUGAAAACAACUGAGUAAUAAUAAUGUUUAAAUGCACUGAAGAGGAUCCGUACUGCAGUCUUACUGCCACUGAAUUAGUCGCAGGAAGUCUAGUUCGAAUUUUCUCUGCAGAUUUUGAAAAUUUUGGUGACGAUGUUCUUGUGUUGUGUGUUUUUAUUGGAAUUUGUAUCUUGUCGUGGUGCCUAACCUAUUUUGUGGUUGGUUUUUGUAAAAGGCCCCGAUUAGCUACGCCCGCAAGAGGUCAGUCGCAAUACAGAAAUCGACCACCAACUAGGAGAGGAAAUCAACUGGACCACCCAGAGGUUCAAUUUGAGGAAGCAGAUAAUGGACAGCCAGUCGAUCCACAAAAUCAACCUGCUGUAGUUGACUACAGGGCCACUGGUGACGGGUGGGAACCAGAAGGGGAAUUUGAUCCCGAUUAUGACGUAAACAAUGAAGUAAUUAUGAUGAUGAUUCAAGAUGACGACGACGUCUUAGAGGAAAUGUCAGAAGAAGGAUCAAACUCUGAUGACGAAGACGUUUUACGACGUAUCAUCAUGGCUGACACUGACGAAGAAGCUAGGUCGUACGCAAUAAAUGGUGUUGAUGACGUCACGGAAAACGCGGUUGCAAACGGUGUUGAUGACGUCAUGGAAAAUUCAACAGCAAACGGUGUUAAUGACGUCAUGGACAACAUGGUACCAAAUAACAUUUCAAACGAAAAUGUUGAUGAAGUCGACGACCUAGCUGACACUUAAAUCAAGUACAUCGCAUAAAAUAAACAGAGAUCGGUCGUAAACAAACGCUUUCGGUUAAAUGCGAGGAAUUGAAAUGUCGAAAACACACGAAAAUUGCUAUAUUUGCGUUUCAUUAUUGAUUAGACACGUUCACAUUUAUUUAUUUCAAAGAAAUAUCGACCUGAUUUUCUAAUGGUCCGGAUUAAUAAGGAUUGAAAUUUUGAUUCCGACUAAUCUAUUCGUAGAUGGGAGACGAACUAAUCUGCUAUAAUCACUUUGCUUGUAUUCCUAUUACGAACUGCACAGUUACAUACAGGGCUCUACAUUUCCGAAACCGCAGUGAGCGAAUGCUUUCAGUACUAUUUGAUUACUAUUUCGGUGUGACAA